AUUUCCAAAUGAAAAGAAACCCGUCCAAAUUGUUUUGUUCCGUCAGUUCGUUGGCAUUAAUAUUGUCUCCCCAUACAGAUAGUCAAAAUUUUGCGUGUAUCGCAGGGGGUAACCAUUCGGCAAUAGCAAUUGCAAACACCAUGGCCAAAAUCCUCCAAAUGGCGGUGAUGCUGGGCAGCUCCAAGCUGGGCCACGGCUCCUUCGGAUUCGACGAAAGGCAAACGGACUCGGCGCCGGUGCCGCAGAUGAAGCGGGAACUGCCCACGCGCCAGAUGUGCCUAGAGGCCUUCAAGCGCACCCAGUACGACAUCCUUAUCGUUGGCGGCGGUGCCGUGGGUUCCGGCUGUGCCCUGGAUGCCGCCACACGAGGCUUGAAGACGGCUCUCGUCGAGGCGAAUGACUUUGGCAGCGGAACCUCUUCCAAGUCGAGUAAACUCCUGCACGGUGGCUUAAGGGAUCUGGAGCAAGCUAUCUCGCGGCUGGAUGUGGCGGCAUUCCGGAGGGUUCGCUGCUCCCUGCAAGAGCGAAGUCACAUUGGAAAUCUGGCGCCGCAUCUCAGCCAGCCGGUGCCCAUCCUGCUGCCCGUCCACCACUGGUGGGAGGCUCCGCUCUACUAUCUGAAGCUAAAGAUCUAUCACCUGAUGGCGCCAAAAGGCACCAAGAGCUUCCAGUACCUCAGUGCUGACGAGGCGUUGGAGGUGUUCCCCAUGCUGCGACCCCGGGAACUUUUCGGCGCCUUCGUCUUCUACGAGGGUCAGCAUGACGAUGCCAGGAUGUGCCUCUCGGUGGCUCUGACGGCGGCUCGCUACGGAGCGGACAUCUGUAACCACAUGAAGGUCUUGAGGCUGAUCAAGGGCAAGGAUGGCAAUGUGGCGGGCGCAGAGGCGGUGGACCAGUUGACGGGCAAGAAAUACAGCAUCCGGGCGAAGGUGGUGGUCAAUGCCACUGGCCACAUGAGCGACAGCCUGCGUCAGAUGGAGGAUUCGGAGGCCAAGCCGCUCUGCACGCGCAGCUGGUCGUCGAUCAUCGUCCUGCCGCGCUUCUACUGUCCAGAGGAGGUGGGAGUCUUCGAUCCGCACACGCCCAACGGGCGAUCCAUCUUCUUUCUCCCAUGGCAGGGUCACACGCUGGUGGGAUCCGGCGACGAACCAGGCAAUCUGCCGGGCCAAGAGUCCCAGCCCACGGAAUCGGAUGUCCAGUCUCUGUUGGAUGGCGUCAAGCACUUCGUGUCGCCCAAUUUUGAUGUGCGGAGGUGCGAUGUGCUGGCCGUUUGGGGUGGCUUCAAGCCCCUGCCCGUGCAAUCCGACUCUCUGCAUCACACUCGGCUCAAGAACCAUGUCAUCCAACUGGGACCCAGGAACAUGCUGUCUAUUGUGGGAGGCACCUGGUCCUCCUUUCGGGCGCUGGCCGAAAAAACCGUCAACGCAGCCAUCCGUUAUGGAGAUCUCUCCCCGCUGCGCAAUGAUUCGGUGACUGCCGAGUCCUGCAAAUUGGAUGGAGCCAGUGGCUGGAGCCCGAAGAUGUUCAUCCGGCUGGUGCAGGACUUUGGCAUGGAGCGGGACGUGGCCGAGCACCUGUCCAACACGUACGGAUCAAACGCUUUUAAGGUGGCGGUCAAUGCGCAUAGCAGUGGGAUGGCCUGGCCCAUUGUGGGCAAGCGACUGCACUCGGAAUUCCCGUACAUCGAGGCGGAGGUGAAGCAGGGCGUUCGGGACUUUGCCUGCACGCUGGAGGAUAUGGUGGCCCGGCGGCUACGUGUCGCCUUUCUUAAUGUCCAAGUGGCCGAGACAAUACUGCCACAGGUGGCCAACAUCAUGGCCAAGGAGCUGAACUGGACGCGGGAGCAAAUGAAAAAGCAGAUCCGCGAUACACGUGCCUUCCUUAAAACUCAGAUGGGCCAACUGACCAAGGAGAACGCCUCACAGAUGAACAUUCCCAUUAAGAUGUCAGUGCGCCAGGUGCGCAAGUACGCCGGGCAGUUCAGUCAAAUGGAUGAGAAUAAAACAGGUUACGUGUCCAUCUCAGACUGCUGCAAGGUCAUGAAAACUAUGGGCGUGAAGGAGGUGCCCGUCGACCUGAUGCACAAUGUCCUGCGGGACAUCGAUGUCCAUGCCCAGGGCAAGGUGAACCUGUACGAAUUCCUGCUGCUCAUGUCCGCCCUUGUGCAGGGCGACACCGAGUACCUGCGCUAUGCCCGGUUGUACUUGGAUCAAAAGAAGCAAAUGCAGGGUAGCAUUUUUCCCAUCGCAAUGCAAAUGGAGCGGGCCGGAGGCAGCCUGUAAAGUGUUUUCUCCAUUCUCACCCUCUCCUUUAUAGGGAUACGAAAUUCGUUGAACGUCUUGACAUUACACUUAGAAACCGAUCCCAGCAGGGAUCGCUAUCUCAA